CUCUCUCUGUUGGAUAUUUUCCUCCAUUACUAAUUCGACAUGGGCAAAAGGGAUAAUCGAGUGGUGAGUUAUGGCUUACAUUAACCCCAUUGCUGCUGCACGAGCCAGGGGACCGGCAAAUAACGCUGGACCAACUAUACAAGAUUAUUUAGGCAGACCUCGACCAACAUGGGAAGAGUUAAAGGAACAACUGGAGAAGAAGAAGAAGGGCUCUCGAGCCCUGGCUGACUUUGAGGACAAAAUGAAUGUGAAAUGGAGAAAGGAACUGGCAAAAAACAGAGAGAAGUUGUUAGGUGGAAGUGAUAAAGACAAAGAAAAAGACAAGAAAACCACAGACAAAGACAAGAAGACCACAGACAAGGAAAAAGAGGAGAAGAAAGAGAAAAAAGAGAAAAAGAAGAAGGAGAAGAAGAAACCCAGCAGGCAUUCUUCAUCUUCCUCUUCUUCAUCGAGUUCUGAUUCCCCCAGCAGCUCCUCCUCAGAAUCUGAAGACGCGGAUGAAAAGAAGAGUGUGAAGAAAAAGCGGAAGAGAAAGAAGUCAUUGGCAAGGAGAGCAUCAGACAGCUCAGAGGAAGAAUCUGACGCUGAAGUCAAGAAGAAAAAGAAAAGAAUCAAGGAAGAAGGAGACAAAGAUAAGGAGGACAGGAGCCGUAAAAGAAAAAGGAAGGCCGAGCGAACUUAUAAGGACUCAUCCUCAGAGUCCUCUGCAGACUCUGAGGGGGAAGAGGUAGCGGAAGCCAAGAAGAAAAAGAGAAGUAGCGAGGAAAAGGAGAAAAUCACAGACAGAUCCAAGAAGAAGAGGAAAAAGAAGCACAAGAAACACAGCAGGAAAAAGAAAAAGAAGGCAGCAUCUCAGUCAGACCCUGAGCUCGACUAACAGCCGCAGCAUUUUGAUUCUCUCAUCCUCCUGACCGUUCACGAGUAGUGUUAUUUUUUUGCCUUUGCCCCCUAAACACCUCUCCCAUCCAGCUUCAGUCAUCACACUUGAACAAGGGACCCACAGACUUGUAAUGCUGGGGUUCUCUGUGCAAAGUGAAAUUGAGGGAAGCACCCAUCCCUCUAAGUGGCAACUACCCAUGCAUAUCUUCUGUAGACUUUUACCACCACUUUUCUAGAUCUUUUUUUGUUGUUGUUGAGUUAUACACAACAAAUGGACAAUCUUUUAGAUUUCCGUGUGACUGGCCCUUUCAGAGUUGCUCUCUCGGCUUCAAACCCAACAUCUUGCAUUUGUAGUUUCUAGAUGAGGCUGUCAUGCUAGUGCCUGCGUCAUGCAUGUAGAACUGAUGACCUGAUGUCUCGCCAGCCUCAUAUUGAAGUUGGAUUUAUAAGAAUGUGAGCUGCACAGCUGAUAUUAAUACAAGGGAUAAUUGUUCCGGUAGAUUACAUUGUUACACUGCAGUGUAAAUGUAUAAACAAUUGGAAUUCAUCAAUAAAGUAUUGUUUUAGCCUUU